AGGAAAAUAUCGUUGAUUCGCCGCCGAUCCGAGUUCACUGACCUACUUUUACUUGGGUAGCUUCUCGGGAGCUGGUACCGUCCCACAAACGCAGCCCCUCCGAGAAAGUCAGAGACUUUUCCCUGUAAAUUAAACGCCGAUCGUCCCAAUUGUUCCGUCGAGUUCUCCGAUAAGAGAUUCUAAGCAGUAGAUAUCACAUAUGGCUUCAUUCCGAGCAUUCUUGAACAGUCCAGUUGGUCCGAAAACAACUCACUUUUGGGGACCUGUUGCAAACUGGGGAUUCGUUGCCGCUGGAUUGGCGGAUAUGAACAAACCUCCAGAAAUGAUUUCUGGCAAUAUGACAGCAGCAAUGUGCGUUUAUUCAGCGUUGUUUAUGAGAUUUGCGUGGAUGGUACAGCCUCGCAACUAUCUGCUUUUGGCAUGCCAUGUCUCAAAUGAGACUGUCCAACUCUAUCAGCUCUCUCGCUGGGCGAGGGGUCAGGGGUACUUAGCCCCGAAGAAAGAUGAAGCUGCAACCGAGUAACGUGCUACUUCUUUUCAUUCCCUGCUGGUUCAUUGUUUUAGUUGCGAAUUUUACCGAAAACAGUGUUGAUCUUGUGUUAAGGCGCCUGUGAUAAAAUUUGCUUUUGAUAUCAACUGAGCUAUCAAUCUCAGCAGAACAAGUUCGCUUGUCAUCCAUUUUCAUUCAAUGUCACGCACUUCUUUUUGUUCGUAAA